CUUCUACUGCCACGACCUCAUUCUUCUACUGCAUGCCACGACGAUGAUUAUCGAGACAAUUAUUCUGCUCGCCUUUCGGGGGGCCUUGUUCUUCGGUUGCAGACGGUAUAUUCUACGCAUCCUGUACGAGGACUUGCAGGAACUAUCUUCUACUCCUGAGGCCGAAACUGUUGAGCUAUCACUGCCGACAUCAAACACAUCGAUGGUUCAAAAGGGUCAGAAACAGGGGGCCAAAGAAGAGAGGCAUACCAGUAUUUCCCACUCAACAUUUGCCCUGUGUUUUAUGGAGAGCUGUACACUCUUUCUCUUGCUGAUGUUCCAAGGGUUGGACAUAUUUACUCCUGUCAUCCGUGUCCUACAUUUUCGCAUUUGUCUCCUCCUUCUCCUUCUAAUCAUCCUCCUGGCUGUUCCCCUUCUUUUUUCAUACAUCAUCUUCUCAAGGCCUUUUCUAUCAUUAGUCCCUCCUUUGAUAUCUCUGUUUUUGUUAUCGUUUAUUCCGCUACCAUCACCGCUCGACUCAAAUCCUGACAUCGAUUUGAUGACCGCAUGCCUAUCUAGACUGAUUGUUGUAGGAACAAUCAUUCUGGGCGCUCUUUCCGGCUUUGGUGCAAUGAGGAGUUGCUGGUUAUAUCUGCUUGCGCAGGAAAGGCCCACCCCAACGGACAGAGACAUAGAAGUGAGCACUGCUGCGCUUGCCCGCAUUAGGGAGGACUUACGUGCGCGAAUGGACGAAGCGAAGAGGAAGGAUAACAACGAGACUGCGCCGUGGUAUUCGCGCGUCGUCAAGAGUUUUGGCAGUGAUAAUAUUUCUCGGGAAAUAUCUGGGCUUCAAGCACUCGAAUACCAAAUGGCCCUUUCGCUUGACGACAAGCGUGAGCGUCAACGGGCCAAUCGUUUCAGUCGGACUCUUUACGGGUGUGCAUGGAAUCUCGGCGGCAAAGUGUUCGCAGUCUACUGCGUGAUCAGAAUUUUGAGCUCAAUUAUCAACUUGGCGUUUCCAACUCUCAGGCGCACAUCGUCAUCUUCUUCAUCGGAAUACAACUAUCCUGAUCUCGUCGCAUAUCUCCUUUCCCUCCUCCUGCCUUACCCACAAGAUCGCGUCGUGGCGGUAUCGAGACAGAUCGGCCUUGUCUUUGUUGGACUCAUCAUAUUGAGCAGCAUCAGACUGGUCUUACGAAGUGCUACGCGAGUCCUGAGAGUUACAUCCCGUAACCGUGGCGCGUCGCUAAUGAUGCUUCUUCUGGCUCAGCUCAUAGGCAUUUACCUUCUCUCGACGGUCGUCCAGCUGCGCACGUCAUUUCCUCCCCCAUCUACAAACGCUGUGUCCCCAGACGAUGAAGUUCCAGACGGGAAACCUACGAACCUGUUCUCGUUAAUACCCGAAGGCCAGGUGUUUGGAGGUUUAUUCGACGCUUCGUUCCUCUUGGCAGCAGUGGCUGAGGGAGUAGUGGUGUGGAUAGGGGACAAAUUCGGUGCUGGUUCUGAAUCGGAUGGUCGGAUAAGAGGCGUUUGUUGACGUUAAGCGUGCGGCAUAGGAGUCCGCUAUGCAUCGGCACUCAUAAAGCCGGACUUUAUGCUAGGACCAUGAC